AUGCACAGCGCAGACGGCCUCGCCUCCUUGCAAACGAAAGGGAAGCCACAUACAGUCUACGCUGCCUUUGCCAGACAGACAAUGAACAUUGUUGUCAGGAGGGAGACGGACGUGAAGAAGGAAAAUUGGGACAAGACCUACCGUACCAUCCAAUAUGCAGCUCGAUUCCUCGCGUGGUACGAAUACCGCAAGGGUGCUACCAAGGAGACCGUGGCUCGUCUGACCGCACUCAAAUCGCAGCUCGGCCUCAGCCGUAAGCUCAUGCGAGUCGGCAAAUUCCUCGAGCACUUCCAGGCCGCCCUCAAAGCCACCACCAUCCAGGACCCCGUCGUCUCGUAUGCCGCCAUCGGACGACAGCUCGGAUACGGUUUCUACCUCAUCCUCGACACGCUUCAGUGGAUCCACGGCGCCAAGGUCUACACCUUCGAAAAGGCCACUGCAGACAAGAUCUCCAAGAACGCAGCCCGAUUCUGGUUGCUCGGUCUCACCUUCUCCCUCGCUUCGGGAAGCUACAAGACGUAUGUGCUGCAACAGCGCGCAGCAAGCGCAAAGCGUCCUCGCGCUACAGCCGAGAAGGAGGCGGAGCGCAAGAUCGAGAUUGCACAGAUCUCUACCGAGCAAGCCGCCGUGCGCUACCAGAUGACUCAGGAUGCGCUCGACUGGUUGAUCCCUGCUACCGGUGCCGACAUUCUUGGCCUCGACGAAGGUAUUCUGGGUCUUGCCGGUUGUGCUUCGUCAAUGAUGGGUGCCCGCACUCAGUGGAGGGCUGUCAACGGAUCAGCGGCCAAGUCCAAGUAA